UCCCCCACCUCGACAUCUACUGUACGAUGCACGGCGAGCAUGUGCACCAAAGUUUCUCGCGCACCACCACCAAACCGCGUGCAUCUACGGGCACCGUGUCUCAAAAUUGGAUGCCCCCACUACUGUCGGCACAGCAUCCGAUGGUGACGUCGGCGUUUCCACCGGCUUGUGGCAUGAUUUACAUUGUCCUAUCGCUCGCGCUCAGCGCCUACUACGCCGUGCUUGUGACUCAGCACUUGGCUAAUGACUUAUGGUGGCCCAACUUUAACGCCACGGGAGCCCACUCGUACCUGGUGAACAUGAUCAACAUGGAGCUCCUGCAUGCUAUUCGGGUAGGGGGAGUCGAUUUUGCCGCGUUUGAUCCAGCGUUGGCCUUGCCUCGAGAUUACAGUCGCGUCGACACUGCCAACCCCAUCUCCACGACAUACAAUCGAGCGUUGUUGUACUCGCAACGCUUUGACUUUGAUAACAUCAUUCCCACAUUGCGGGUGCCGUUCGCUGGUAUCGUAGUCCGAUUCACCCAAUACUGCUGGGUCGACUUCAACCAAACGUGGGAAACUGCCCACACAGACGCCCGCCAGGCCCGAUGUAACCAACGGUAUGCGUCCAACGGGGCUGUGUACUGGGAAACAUCCUUGCGGAACGUCAAAUGGGCAGCCUUUCAACGGGCGUUUGGGGGGGCGGAAGGCGCCUUCACCAUCACGAUCGCCAAUGCGAUCCUAAAACAUCCGCUCGGGUCGUCGUAUCUCAAGUACUUGUCGCAGUGCAACGGCAACGUUCCGGUGGCCGACGAAGCCGCGUACUGGCGAGCGCACAACAUCUCAUUUUUCCAGCUCGGGUUUGAAAAUUACUUUUCCGUGGGCAUAGUGGACACGGUGAACGUCGUGAACGCCCUCGGGCUCCAGCAAAGUUUGACCAUCAAGCAAGUCGAUGCCAAGACGCGCGGGUCGGGGUGGACGACCAUGCUCAUGAGCUGGGGGGUUGGCAACGACUUGGCCAUCCUCUCGAGUAACGGGCACUCCAUGAUCCGAGGCGACCCUGCCAAUCUGCAGUUUUCACCCGCUUGUACAAGUCAAGCUAUGGUGGACAACGGAGAAUGCGCACAUACAAUCGACGAAAUGUACGGCUACGACGACUCGUAUCCAGUCGUGAACGCCACCCACGCCAGCAUUGGCCCGUAUGGCAGCGUGGAUUUGAUGCUCAUGGCGUUGCCCAUUGAAGUGUCUGCAGCUGUGACAUCGUGGCAGGCCCUCGUCACAGCUGAAAUUCUCCGUGGGGGGGCGUUUUAUUCUGCCAUGCAAGACCAAGCACUUAACGACCCCGCUUGGCUCGACCCCGUUCCUCGAGAAUGGACAAAUCCCAACUGGCUCUACAUGGGAGGCGACCCCACGUGUCCGACGCGGUCCCCCGUCCCGUUUGUGCAAUCGUCGUGGGCAUUUGACGUGUCGUGCGACCUCCAAUCCCCGCUCGAGUUGCCCGUGAGCAAGUUGCAGUUGCUCUUUGCAGUUGCUUCGUUCAGCUUAUCCCACGAAAUGGAUGAGAUGACUGCAGGUCAAGCUGCGACACUGUGCGGUCUCUGUACGUCGGCACGUUCAGGCACUUGUGAGAAGUUGGUCCUCGCGGCUGUCAAGGCAUUCCACCAAUUGUGCCGCAUCGAUCAGCCAACGUCGUGCCAUGAUUUGGUACCAGCGAUGUCGUCAGCUCAGAGUGCCGUGUCAAGUUCCAAGGUCGGCCUAGUUCAGUUUGCACUCGAUACAGGCAACGACGGAUCGCCAUUCCUCUUGCAACAGGUCCUGCUUUCAGGUACUACGUCGGACGAGAAUCUCUGGGAUUUCUUUGGCUGGCUGUACGUGUACGAGUGGGCAUCUGCAACUCGUGAAGUGGUGUCCUUUCAAGGCGAUGCGGGCGUCCACACGUUGAUGUCGGACGCGUACGAGCCAUUAACAAGUCAGGUCAAGGCCCUCGAGGUACCUGUGAGCGCGUGUCAGUACCUGCGUGCGAUUACCAUCUACGUCACAUUUGGCUUGAGUGUCGUGGGGACGUUGGUGUUGGGGUUUGCAGCUGCCCAACACUUGCACGUGAAGGGGGCCAACUUGUUGUGUUUCAAUCGUGUGGCGGGCAGCGUAUGGAUUGGUCGGCCGUUCCAGCUGGUUCGAGGCAUGACCGCGCUCAUCGUCCUGGCCACGUCACCGCUGGCCUUUGACCAAUCGCAUGGGUACGCCAAGUUUUGGUUUCGCCCUCGUAUGUGGUUUGACGUGUGUGUGCUUGCGGGCGAAGCCACGUGGAUUACGUACGUGUUGCAAGACAUGCUGCUGCUGUUUCUGGGCAACGUGUUCCGCCAAAGCUACGCGCCGGUCGUGGGGACGGCCGUUGUCUGGUUGGCGCAUGUGCUUGUGGAAGUGGUGUCGCCGUUUCAAGCGUCGAUGCGGCUGGAUCGGCAAUGCACGUCCAGCGAUUUAGAAGUCAACAUCCGAUGCAGCAGCGGCGUCGUGCACGUCGGUAGCCUCGAUCGAGUGAAUUUACUCCUCGCGAUUCAAGUGUCGGUUGUGUUGGGCACGUUUGCGCUCUUCAAGGCGUGGCACUGGCUGCGGCAGACACCCCACCGGCACCGCAAGGAUAGCCACUUGCUCAUUUCUGGGGUCGCGCUAACGUUUCUCCAUUUGGGGGACGUAAAUGCUGACGGCGACGACGAAGCCCUUUUGAUAGACCGUGCCACAUGUGCCAUGUGCGGUUUGCUUUGCUACCGCGACUACGUGUUUGACAUCAAGUUGUGGAUCUUGGUGCACGAUAGCCACGCCAACGCGAGAUCCGCCGUGGACAACAUGAAGCAGUUUCCAUCGCCCAACCUUGCCCUUCCUUAUAUGGACAUGUCCACGACAGUGGACGUUGUGGCCGUCCAGAGUGCGCGACACCACCGUCGGUAUAUGGCCAUUGGCUUGGCUGUCGCUGGCUGCGUCUACAUGGCGCUGUCCGUGGCGGGCUCCGUGUCGUUUCUCCUCGUGUCGCAUGUGAGCAUGGCCAACGACUUUUGGUGGGGCUCGUUCAAUGCGACGGGGGCCCACGCGUUCAUCUCGACGUGGUACAAUGGAUUGAUGGCAACUGCAAUUUCAAACGCGCCGCUGGGCCAAGUGCACCUGAAUGACAUCCAGUUCAUCGACCCAUCUCGAACGUACGCUGCCAAUGCUACGACCACCGCCGUUCCAGCCCUGUACGCGGCGAUGGUAGUCCAUGAAUCCGCAGCCGACUUGGAGAAAAUUGUCACGGGCCUCCGCCAAAUGGACGGGUGUAGCCUGCCGUGGAUUGCAACGCAGUAUUGCUGGGUGGACUUUGGCAAAUCGUGGGAAAUGGGCAAUUCCCUCGCCCGACAACGCCGUUGCGAGUCUCAGUACAGCGACAAUGGAGCCGUGUACCUGGAAUCCGUGCUUCGCAAUGCCCAGUGGAAGGAAUUCACGUCGUGUUGGGGCCAGUCGCUUGAGAUUGCACUGGCACGAGACCUUCGCCAGACAAUGCAAGGGGCAUCUUGGUGGUCCAGUGUGCAAAAUAUGGACACGACAGUCCAAGACGAAGUACAGUAUUGGCAAACACAAGGGGGUAUUCAGUACUUUGACACGGCCUGGCAGAACUACAAAACGAUCGGGAUCGUAGAGUCGUACGGGAUUCAAAAUGCCUUUGGACUCGUGUAUUCGAUGACGCUCAAGUCCACCAACGGGUCGUUCCGGUUGGCCUUGGAAACGUCUAGAAAAGCGUACUGGGGGCUCGCGGCGGACCUCUGGGCCGUCACCUCGUCCACGCUCCCCAUCAUGUCAAACCGGAGCUUGAUCCGACACAGCGCCAACUUUGCCUUCCGAAACACCUCGGUCGCAUCGGUCAUGGCGCGAAAUAGGUCGCUGCCGUGGCCCUUAUCUGGCCAGUUUGCCACGUUCGAUGCCGUCGUGGGUCCAUUUGGGUCGGUCGAUUUGAAGUUCAUGCCACGCCCAACCUCCCUCGUUCGGUUUGUCCAACAAGCAAAAGAUGUUGUUUACACUGCGAUUCGCCUGGACAACGAUACCAACGCGCGGUACAUUGGGCUCGCAAUUCCUGGCCAGUUUGGGGCGGUGGUGCCGUCGUGGGAUGGGCUUUCCUGUGCGGGGGGGAACAUACUUUGCCCCGAAGCCGCCGCGGACACGGCAUGUUCCAGUGGCUUGGGUCAAUUCGUCGGGGUAAACACAGUAUGUGGCCUCCUCCAAGGAGAAGUGUUGACGCCCACUCCACUUCAAUCAGUCUUAGCUGUGAUUGCAGCAGGGCUGGCGCGUUCAACCAUCACGACCACCGACUUGACGAAACCAUGCGCUUACAUUGCCCCGUCGUCUCUGUGCAAGCGGCUUCUCUACGCCCCAAUCAUGUUUGCUUUGAAUUCGUCCGGCGUCGCCAGUGCUCUUCCGACGCUCUUGGCGCUGGCUCAAGUGGCGAGUGCCGACGUCCGCGCCGCCAAUGUGAGCAUCGUCCAGUGGACGCGGCCGCUGCAAAGUCGCGGCCCACGGACUUUGUCCAGCAUCUCCUUCUUCGCGGCCAACACGACUGUAUUUCACUGGCAUACGUGGCACUUUAUCCUUGAGUGGGCCACCUUGAGCCGCGAAGUCGUAUCGUUCCAAGGUGACGUCGGCACCGUCACCGUCCUCACGACGUACGUGGCGGCAGUGUCGGGGGCAUUCAAUCCACUGGAGGUGCCCGUCAACGUCGCGUACUACAUGCGCAUAACGUGCAUGUACACGACGGGCGUGAUUGGCAUCGUGGGGGCGUUCGCGUUCUUGUACGCAUUGGUGAGCAAGUUCCACGUCGAGGGGUACAACAUGUUCAAGAUCAACCGCGUGGCGGGGGUCGUGUGGGUCGGGCGGCCGCUGCUGUUUCUCCGCAGCAUGACCGCCAUUUGCCUCCUCAGCACACAGUCACUUGAACUUGUGAAAGAUCGGAACCUCACGUACUUUGCCAACGUCCAACGCGCCGACAUGACACGCAUUUUCGUCACGCUCUUGUCGGCCGGCGAAGUGUCGUGGCUUGUGUUUGUAUUGAACGACAUUGGCACAGUCAUCACCAAGCAAUACACGCAGUCGUACUCGAGCAAGUGCGGGGUCGUAGUCUGGCUAGUCUCGGCCGCCUUGUCGUUUGGCCAGCCCAUUGUGAAUACCGCUGAUGUGGGGCGAACCUGCGACGUCGACGCCGUGGACUGGCAACUCGUUUGUUCUACAGCAAGUACAUGUGUAUCUAGGCGUCGUGCACAUUGGCAGCCCCUGCCGGUUUUGGGUUCUCAUUGGGGUGUGUGUGGGGGCGACGGUCGUCUGUUUCGUGAUCGACUACAUUCGGUUUCCCCACCUCGAGGGGCUGCCGCGGUCGUCGCUGUUUCUGUCGUCAUCGGCCAAGUUCCUCUUUUCUAUGGACGGGUGGACAGAGUUUGAGGUGUACCACUUGGACAUGUCGUCGGCCGCCAUGAACGGGAUGCUCGCGGUGCCGUGCCCCCACGGGUUUUACAUUUUUGACGUCAAGACGUGGAAACUCAUGUACAUUCCGGCGCAGCACGGCAUCCGCACCGAACUGCUCCACAGAAAAGGACGAAGUUACCUUCGAAAUGCCAUUCCCCUUGCCGAAUAAGGUUGCAAGGUUGCACCCCCCCCGCCAUCCCAAAUAUCUGGUUUGGACACGUGGGGUUGGAAAAAAUAAUAGACGACCGUGGCAGAGGUUCCAGGGGUAUAUAUUUCGAAUGGAUUCUAGCACAGAACAACCGAUGAUGGGCAAACACAGCCCCCCUACAUCCAAAGCUGGGGCGGCCAAUUGGGACGCUGCUGACAACAAGCACUGCUCCAGAAUGUGUAGUUGCCGUCCCAAGUUGGUUCGUUCGUAUCCGCUACGCACACGAGUUGCCAGUCAUUAGCGUAUCCACAUUGUAUGUUGGGCCAACCGAAGCCGACUUCACGACGAAGUUCGAUAGUUGCUGCCGACUCAGCCCAAGGUAACAAGCAGCACAGUGCACUUGGUCGAGUACGACUACGCGUGAUUUGGAUGAUCCCCUGACCGUCCGUGCCAAUAAUGUCGUUGAGCAGUAUUGAGUGCAUUGGAGCUAUAGUAGAGCGUCAGUAUACUGCAUAGGUCGAAUAGAGGAGG